AUGACACAAUUCAAAAUUUCAAGAGCAAAUCUAAUACUUGUUACGUUUGCUACAAUGUCUUUAAUUCUUUUCCCUACAUACUUAAGAAAAAGUAAAACCUUAAUAAUCGUCAGAGCAAAUCGUUCACAAAGUGAUGCUGAAAAAUCUUCAUUACAUUAUGUCAACAUGACAAAGUGUGGAAUUUGGUAUCAUGGACUAGUUUAA